UAUUUCACAAACAGCAUAUUGUCUGGAUUCACGUGUUUUUUUUAAAAAAUCCGUAAUGAUUAGCUUCUAUAUUUUCCUAAUCAAUGUGUUCGUUAAUAAUUUCCUUCUUCAAUCUUCUCUUCUCAUUUUUUCUAGCCACUGAUAAAAUUUCUCCCGUCUUCUGAAGGACACUGCGUCUUCUUUCUCUUUCCUCUGCCAUGUCGACCUGUUCAUUUCUGCACUGUCUUAAGAUUUACUUGAUUAAUUCUUCCGCCGUGGGUAGAUUUUCAUCUUUUUCCCCCGCAAUAUCGAACGAAUGCUACUGUUGCUGCGGACAAUAUGUGUAAAAUGAAGUCUGUGCGUCCUUUCUCACCGUUUCCUACUACUAUGCUGAACAAAAAAACAAUUCUGGCUUAAAAUCUAUGUGCUUUUGAAUUGUUUUCUCUAACCUUACCUCUGUUUUGGACCAGAAUCUUUUCAGCUUUAGGGCACGUCCACCUGAUAGGAGAAAACCGUGACAUUUCUCCUGCAGGAAUCUUCUGGAAAUGGCUGGAAGCAUCAAAGGGCCCGAACGGAGGAUUGUCCUGGUGGGCAAAACCGGCAACGGGAAAAGCGCAACGGGAAACACCAUCCUAGGAGCCGACAUCUUUGACUUUGGGAUGUCCUCUAAGUCGAUAACGCAGACGUGCCAGAAAGAGGAGACGUGGUCGAAAGGCCGGAAGAUUGUGGUGGUCGAUACGCCAGGCUUUUUCGACACCGAGGUCCCCAAGCAGGUAACGGCUGCCGAAGUGAAGAAGUGCGUGAGCAUGUGCGUCCCGGGCCCGCACAUCAUUCUGCAGGUGAUGCGUCCAGGCCGUUUCUCCCAGGAGGAGAAAGACGUGGCUGGGCUGAUCAAGGAGAUCUUCAGCUUGAACGCCAAGAAUUACAUGAUCACCUUGUUCACCCGGAAAGAUGACCUAGAAGGGCAAACCCUGGAGGAAUUUCUCUCCAAGGGAGACGCCUCACUUCGGGAACAGCUGGCCCAGUGCGGGAACCGCUACCUGGCUUUCAACAACAAGGCCAAAGGUGAAGAGCGGGAGGAACAGCUGGCCGAAUUGAUGACCAUGAUUGAUGAGCUGGUGGAGAAGAACAAAGGGGCAAAUUAUUACACGGAGGCCAUGAUGAAGAAAGACGAAGAGAAAUAUAAGGUGAAACACGUCUGGUGUUCUAUUCUCUAACGGACACCGGAAGACCCGCCGAAGGCAGACAUAAACGACAUCAAAGAGAUAUAUGGCUUCUCUUGGUGUUCUCUUCUCUAAUGUAGAGGUCCCCAACCCCCAGUCCGCAGCAUGCCAGCAACCUUUCCACAAAAAACAAGCAAAGCUCCAUCCGCAGGUUGCAGGCAGCACACAAAACCACAUCCUCUCUGGUCCGCGGAAAAAUCUGUCUCCGCAUAACCGGUCCCUGGUGCCCAAAAGAUCGGGGACCUCUGCUCUAAUGGACAAUGGAAAGUCUCUCUACUUGAUCCUCUGCUCCAAGGGGGCCACUCUGCCCUGUGUUUCCCCCCUUCUGCUCAGAGUUCUAACCCAGCCCAAGACGCCGAGUCAGAGAUUCGUGGCGGAGUCACCCUGAGCCGAUUCCUUCUGCCGAGAACCCAGUUUCUCCCUUCAGAUGACAGGGCCUGGGAAGUUCCUGCCCUCAAUCGGCCCCACAGCCUAUAUCUCUGCCAUCCUGAACCCAUGUCCCUCUGGAACUACACUCCCUUUGGGACUUCCCACUCAUCAGUCCUUCAAGGUAGACGAGACCAGGAAACCGCCAUCACAAGAAAUGUUAAAGCUUGGCUCGAUUCGAUAUAGAGAAUACCAACAGAAUCCUGAAACUGCCUCCCCUUCGCUCCCGCUGGCACCAAAGAGCAUCAAGGCAGGGCAGCCUUGAGCUUCUUUCUCACCCGUUCCUGUUUUCCCGGGGUGAAUUCACAUUUUCCUUAUACGGCUGUCACAUAUUUCCCGCAAAGCUGUCCCUGUACUCUUCUAUGUCGCCUUCCUGUCUGUUCUUCUUAUGAAAACCUUUUUAUUAAAUCUCCUCCUCGCUUUGGAAA